AUGACAAAAGUGUCUGGAUUUCCAAGGAAAGGCAAGCAUAAAAUUGAAUAUCCAGAUAUUAUCUCAGCAAUAAAACCGGUUUUCCAUGGAGACUUACCAGUUCCAGAACCCCCGGCAAACUAUGGGAAGAAGAUUUGGAAAUAUAUGGCGAUAAAAGUAAACCCGAUGAUGUAUCAGAAAAGAAUGAUUCUUAUUUUCCCGAAAGCGACGAAAAAACACCUUAUUGCAUCCAACAAGCCGAAUUACAUGAUUUACGGUUUCAUAAUCAACUUAAUGUGAACAUUAACGGCCGGUUUCACAGGGUCAGGUUAACUUGUGGUUAAGAGAUAACCAGAGGUUACCCCGAAAUAUGCGUUUCACAUUAUCAGGUCAACGGCGAAGUUGUGGUUAACUGAUAGAAUUUUUAACCAGAGGAUGGAGUGAUGGUUAAGCUCUUGACCAGAGGUUAUCCUAACCUAAUUUCGAAUUUUUUUUGACAUUGACAGGACAGAUUUGAUUAAAAACAGUGAAAUUAUUUAAAAUAAUCAGACAAAUCAGAUAUAGAUAAUGGAUUAUGAUGUUAAUGCUUUUAGCAGUGACGAGGAAGCUGGUAGACCGCGAAUAAUUAGGCACAGACCUAAUUAUUUCGAGGAAUUAGACCAGGAAGAUUUUUUCUGUCGGUUUAGACUCUCCAAGAACACAGUGGAAAAUAUUUUGGAGCAAAUUGAGGAUACAAUUUCUCACCCUACAGACUGGAAUGAUGCCCUUACACCCAUGCAGCAGUUACUGCUAACUUUGAAUUUUUAUUCAAAUGGUUCGUUUUUGCGUACUACUGGUGAUUUUUGUGGAGUCAGUAAAUCAACCAGUAGUAGAGUGGUAAAACGAGUAAGUGUAGCCUUAGCAAAUUUGUUACCAAUUUACAUAAGAAUGCCUGAAGGUGAUGAAAUUAAUGAAAUAAGGCAACAAUUUUAUAACAUAGCACGUUUUCCUAGGUGCAUAGGUGCCAUUGAUUGCACCCAUAUCAAAAUUCAGUCUCCAGGAGGGGCUAAUGCAGAAACUUUUAGGAACAGAAAGAACUUUUUUUCCUUUAAUGUUCAAACGAUUUCAGAUCCGAAUCUGAAAAUAAGGGAUAUUGUUGCUAGAUGGCCUGGUUCUUCUCAUGAUGCACAUAUAUUUCGAAAUUCAAAUAUAUGUGCAUCUUUUGAACAAGGUCAUUUUGGUGAACAUGUCCUACUUGGAGAUAGUGGCUAUGCCAUUAAAAAUUAUUUAAUUAAACCUUUAGCCCAUGUCACAAACGCUGCUGAACAACUUUUUAAUGAGUCCCAGAUAAGGACUAGGAAUGUUGUAGAGAGACAAUAUGGAGUAUGGAAGCGGAGAUUUCCAUCAUUAGCAAUGGGACUCAGAGUUAAAUUAGAAACUGUUCAGCCAAUAAUAGUGGCCACUGCUGUUCUGCACAAUAUAGCUUGUGAUGCAAAUGAAAAUGAUCCACCAGUGCAUCAAGAGCAAGAAAGAGCAAUUCGUUUUGCCAACAAUGUUAAUGCACCAAAUAUGGAUGAACUGUUAGAUAACAGAUUAAAUCCUAAUAAUAGAAGACGAUAUAAUCUUAUAAAUAAUUAUUUUGCUCAACUCUAGUUGCAAAAAACGAAAAAUUUUCUUUGUGACUUUGUAAUUAUUCAUUAAUUCCAUACCUUUUAUAUUAUGAUCUCAGGAGUUCUAAUUUGUUUAAGCAAAAUGCUUAAGUAUUGACUAUUAUAUUUUUUAUAAUUCAUAUCUAUACAAUUCUCAUUUUUAUCUUAACUUUCUGAGAUUUUCUAGGUUUGAUUCUAUGUUGAAUAAUUUUGGUUUUUAGAAAAACCAUUAUUUUGACAACAUUUGUUUAUAUGCUUGCUCUUGAUGUACAUGUGGAUUAUUUUCAUUUACAAACAAAUAAAAAAUUAAAGCAAAGAUUAUUCAGAUUUGAUUACAGAACAGGGCCUCCACUAUGUGCUUAUACAUAUUUGAGAAGUGCCUCUACACAGGUGCUCCAAUGAAGUUAAGUUAAAGCUGAAAUAUGUAUAAGCACAUAGAUGAAGCCCUGUUCUGUAAUCCAAUUUGAAUCGUCUUUACUUUCGUUUUAUUUGUAUUCGCUUUUGUAGGUAUAAAAGGAACUAGUUCGCUAAAGUAUCACAGUGAACAAGUCAUGGAUGCAGUUAUAGAUCUCCUGGUAGACUAAUUCACCACUCUGUUCUGCUAUGUAUUCUGCAUCUUAAAAUGUGCAGAGAAUGACAAUUCGAAUUUUAGUAAUUUACUAUUUUAUUGGGAAAAAAGCCACAAUUUAAGUUAAAAAUGAAAUUUAUUGAAGUUUCAACUUUCACUUCGGAAGUUGUUAUCAAAAUACUAAAUAUUAAUAAAUUAAUAAAAAUUUUGUUGUUUAGUAAAAAAAAAAUCUUCUAAUAUUUUAUUUUAAUCUGACGCAUUCAUAUCGAUCUGACUCAGACAUAUAUUAUACAUAUUAAAUUAGACAACUUUAAAAUGAUAUUGACAAUAUUUAUGAGUUGCAUAUUUUAGUGCCUGACUUUUUUGACUAAAUAAAAAAUUAUAAAAAACAUAGAUAUAAAUAUGAAAUGCAAAACAAUGGAUUGGAAACAAAACAACACACUACACAUGCUAUAUUAAAAGUAAUGUAUUUUGUAAAUGCACAUAAUAUAUGUAUUUUAAAUGUUUAAAUUUAUACAUUUGUUAAAUAUUUCUUUGUUUGUAUAUACCAGUAGUAUAUAAUAUAAAGGUAUUCUUUUAUGGUGUUCUGAAGCUAUUUUCUUGAGGCAUUUUUGUAAUUAACUAGUUUUAAUGGGAAAUACGCCACAAUUUUACUAAAAAAAUGUUUUAUUAACGUUUCGAUGCCCAAGUCGGGUGUCGUCAAAAUUCAAAAUAAUACUAAAUAAACAAAAAUGUUGUUGCUUAGUAAAAAAUUCUUCUAAUAAUUUAUUUAAUCUGACUCAUUUAUAUCGGCAAUUCAGACAUAAUUAUACAUUUUAAAGUAGAAGACUUUAAAAUGAUAUUGCCAAUAUUUACGAAUUGGGUUCCUGGGACGACUUUAUUGAAAGAUAGUUCAUUUAUAUUUAAAAGAAUUUACAUUCUUAUGUAAAUUGGUAACAUAAGUGUAUAUAAAAGACAGUUCUACUUCAGUGAAUAUUUAUGUUUAGUUAGUAUUCAGUGUGCUUUUUAUUUCUUGUAAAUCUAUUUUAUAAUAUAUAUCAGGUAAUAGGGAACUUCACAUUUUUUUACUACAUAAUAAUGUUCAGUUUUGUUUAAAAAAGGAAAUUCCAAAAUUGCACGUUUCAAAAACUCAUAAUACGUUGUACAAAUAUGUUUAGGGUUAUAUUUAAAUGACAUUUACUGUAUGUCAUUGUAAUAAUAUAUAUACAGUACAUAAAUCGUUCAGCUGGACAUAGAGAAUACACAUUGAGAAAAUUGUGGCAACUGCACUAACCUGUGUUAGUUGAAGCUUCUGUUCGAGUACGAGUUUUUGGUGCAAUAGAGCUGUUAUAACGAAUAGAAUGAGUGUGAUUUGACGCAAGGCUGUCCAUAAAUAAAUCAAAAACAAAAUUUAUGCUUAAUUAAUAAUUUUACUUUAAUUUUAAAAAUAUUUUUUAUUUAAAAACUACAUAAUUUCAAACUAAACAGUUUUUGCCAUUCCCUUAUGCCAAAAAUAUAUAGCUACUACAUUAUCUUUGCCCAUGCGUCAUGAUUAAUUUUCUGACAAAUUAAAUUAAAACAUAUGUCAAUGUGUGUAGUAUAUAGUACAGGGAGCGUUCAAGUAUUUUUAACGCGAUUUUUGACCCCCCCUCCGUAACGCACUCCAAUGGGCGUUUAGCUGCGUAACGCAAUUUUUGAGCCCCCCCCCCCCCCCAACCUGCGUUACAUAAUACUUGAAAGGCUGCAUACACAAUUAUACACGUGAACAUAUGUUUUGAUUUAAUUUGUUUGAGAAUAAAUGAUAACACAUGGGCAAAGAUAAAAUGGAACAACUAUACCAGGACAUCACGUUGACACAUUGAUAGUUUUAUUUUUUUCUGUAUCUUUACUUACAUACUUCUGGGGUCUCUGUGAAUUUGAAACGUAAUAUAUGUUUUAUGUUGUUCUGAAGCUAUUUCCUUGUGGCAUUUUUAUGAUUAAUUAUUUAUAUGGGAAAUAAGCCACAAUUAAAAUGAAAAAAUAAUUUUAUUAACGUUUCGACGCCCAAAGCGGGUGCUGUUGUCAAAAUACAAAAUAUUACUAAAAUAAACAAAAAUGUUGUUGCUAAGUAAAAAAUUCUUCUAAUAAUUUAUUUAAUCUGACUCAUUUAUAUUGGCAAUUUAGACAUAUAUUAUACAUUUGAAAGUAGAAGACUUUAAAAUGAUAUUGCCAAUAUUUAUGAGUUGAGUUCCUGGGACGACUUACUGAAAGAUAGUUCAUUCGAUUACCAUGAAAUCAACCAUAACUCAAGAAUAUCCGUCACAAAAAAAAAUUAUAGCAUGUGAUCUGUUUUUAAAAAGACAACCAAAUGCAAUGACAGUAAAAUUCUCGCGUUAGAGACUUCAUAGUAAAUCACAAGGGAAAACCAGGGAUAGUAUCACAGGUUUUUCCUGGUUUUCCCUUGUGAUUUACUAUGAAGUCUCACGAGAAUUUUACUGUUAUUAAUCAUAUGUAUUUAUAUAAUGUAAUAUAUGUAUUUAUAUAAUGUAAUAUAUUAUGUAAUAUUUUUUUAAAUAAAUAAUAUUAAUAUUUUAAA